AUGAGACGAUCACUCAAAUUUUUAAUUGGCUUUUUUAGCUUCGCCGCAGUUUUUUCGAUUAUUUUCUUUCCAGCAUAUUUCGUCCCGAAAAACAAAACAACCACAACAACCGAAGCUCCCACCACAGAAGAGUACACAACCGCAUAUUCUGGCGACGGUUCCGGAUCUGGCGAUUUCACGACUGACGAUUCUCCCCUCUUCAGCACAGAUUCGUCCUCGUUGAAAACUGACGGUCACUCUGAAACGACUUCUUAUCGGUCUUUGAGGAGAGAGGAUUUUGAAGAAGACCGUGUUUUCGAAAUCAACUUCUAG